ACCGAUCAUAUCGGCAGGCAUCUAGCGCGCCGCGUCUUCAUCAGUUACGCCUGCUAGAUUAUUUAAGGCUAGGGUUUAAGGUCCGCGUGAAGCGAAAGCCGUGAAGAUCGACUUCGACUGAGAUCUGAGUUUCGACCGUGUGCGAUGGCCAACUCCAAAUUUGGAUUGCUCGAUCUCGCGGACGGCGAGUCCGGAGAGGCCGCGGUAUCCGUGGCCAUCACCAAGGUCGAGGCCGCCGCCGCCGCCGCCGCCAGGAAGGCUGAGGCCGCCUCCGAUGCCGCCGGGACCGGCAAGGAGAAGGCCCCGCAUAAGAACCACCUUUACUUCACUAAACUCCAGUUAGAUAAUGGUAUGAGAAAUAUUGAGCACGAGCUGAAAAGGUUGAGAGAUGUACUCAUAAAGCUGAGGGGAGAGGAAACAAAGCUUAAGGAGAACAUGGAGGAUGGAGGCCGUCUCAUGCAGUUGUUGUCGGAGGAACAAAGGAAGCUGAGACAGGAGCAGACGAAACUGUGGGCGCAGCAAGCAAAGUUGAGAUUGCAGAGGAAAGAAUUCUAUUUGGAGCAUGGAUUCCCUCUUGGUGCUGGCGAAGAGGGGCCUCAAGUUCCCAAUCGGGCGGAAACUGUUCAUGGCUGCGACAAUGCCGGUGCUGCUGCCAAUGUCAAUGGCAGCUGUAACGGUGGUAGGCAGGGAUACCCUGAGGUUCGCUACAAGAGGAAGGUCCAGAAGUACGUGGUUAAGACCAAGCAGCCAUCCUCUGGCCCUGCUACUGCAGGGGCUGAACACAAGCCUGAGGAGAAGGUCACUUCUGAUGCUAGCUCAGAGGCCGAUCAUCACGACGAAGCUGCCACUCCUGCCAAUGUGGAAGUCGCGGCUGCCUCGGUGGCUGCUGCCUGUAACAACGGACAAGAUGGCCCUAGAACCAACAACGUAUUUGUUCGAAAGGAGAAGCUCAAUGGCUCCGUGAAAAGGAAGAACAAGAAUUCUAAGAACGGUGGGAGCAACGAUAAGUUGAAGAAGCAAGAUUUAUCCGAGACCGAGGAACCACCCAGGGAACAAGAGAAAAAGACUCUUGAUGAGUACGAGCGAGAACAGAAGAAGUCCUCGGAAGAUGCCUCAAGAACUGAGGCCAGGAAGGUCUGUGACGAUGAAUUUAGGGGCCUGCAGAUGUUGAAGAAUAAGGUAGAUGAUGGGGAAGCCAUCAUGAUCAAGGCAGAAAAGCUUCAGCAAAAGUCGAAGAAGCCUCAGCCGGAGGCAAAGGUACCUAAGAAGGUCGUCAUCCCGUUGAAAGAUCUCUCCUUUGCUCCACCAAGGCGUACUUUUUUCCUGGAAGAUGGUUCUUCCAAUGGCGGCGGUUUCCGAGGCCGCAGCCGCGACAAUGGCAGGGUUGUCCAGAACGAGGCGAGCAACGGUGCUCCGAGGGGCGGCGGCGGCGACGGCUACCACGACCAGGGCAGCAACGGCGGUACUGGGUACUACCACCACCAGCAGAGUGGCUACGCGCGCCGCCCACGUGGACGCGGCUACUCCGGCAACGGUCGCCACCCGGCCCCUGCCACGAAGCCCAUACUUGUGGAGGAGUUCCCGCCGCUACCCGCCUUCUCUGCUGCGGCCCGAGGUGCCGCACCGGCUGCAGCGGCAGCUCCCGCGGCCGCCCGCGCUCAGGCCUAGUUAGUUUUUCUGAUUAUUCGCUUGUGGAGGAUUGUGGGGGGAGAUGAAUACGGCAGGAGCUAGGCGCUCCUUGGAUUGUGUUACGGAUAACAUAAUAGUAUUUAAUUUCUUUGAGUUCCUUUUCCUUGAAAUAUCCUUGUUGCUUGCCUUUUUGUAGCUUUGGUUUGAUUUUGAUUUGAUUGAUAGUAUACUCGUGAUUCAUGGCUGGCUGGUGAUUCCAUGUCGCACCUUUCUUUAUGUGUGGUUUGUCGACACUUGUAGACCAGCAAAUUACUAAUUGGUUGUUUGCUGAAGAUUGUGUUUGCAAUUGUAUACUCCUGUCCUAAAAAGAAUCAGA